ACCUGACGUAUGACGGCGCCGUCGACCUCGACAAGCUCGAAGCCACCGACCCGAUGUUGUAUGCAACGACGUUGCGGCAAAUGGACUGUUUUGGUCAGACCCCGUCGCAGCUCUUGCUUCGCCCGCACCCGCCGCGGUCGCCGUCGACCGAUACGAUUCGUCCAUUGAUCCAUGUCUCGCAGUGGGUCGGCCACCCGCGGGUGCGCGGAAGCCGAAGCCGACGUCCUGUCUUGUGUCUUGCGCUGGCCGACGAGGCGGUCGUGGCGAUCGAUGCACGCCGACGACUGAGCUUGCACAAGUGGAAGGCGCUACCGCCCGACCACGAGCCGCCCUUUGCAUUCGCGUCAACGCCCACGUCGACGCAUGUGCUCGGAGGCCCGUUUGCGACACGCGCCGUGACGACGUACGCCGAGUCCGCCAUCGCGCUGUCGAGCAACCUGUUUGCGGUCUAUGGCAAGCACGUCUUCUCGGCCGGGCACUGGGACCACAGUGUUCAAAUCACUCGACUCGUCGACGGCAGUGGGUCGGAGAAUGGCCAGAGCGUCCGUGGGCACCACGACGUUGUGACGUGCGUCGCCGUGAGUGAAGACGGCCGUGUCCUUGUCAGCGGCUCGUCCGACAACACUGUCAUGGUGUGGCCGCUGCUCUGGCGUGACAAAAUAUGCGAGCUCCGCCGGACGCCGAGCUUCGUUUUGUACGGCCACGACGACGGCGUGACGAGUGUUGCGGUCUCGAGCGACAUGGACCUCGUCUUGAGCGCCAGUCGUGACGGCACCAUCAUUGUGCAUACGCUGAGCAACGGCCGGUACAUUCGCACGCUGCGCCCGGAUGCCUCGCGGCAUGCACGCUUGACGUAUGUCGGACUCAGCACUUAUGGGUCGAUUCUGACGUACUGUGAUUCGAGCUCGACGCUGUAUCGGUACUCGAUCAACGGCGACUGCCUCGCGUCGCGGGUCGUGGAUCAGAAAGCCCAGGCGUUUGCGCUGACGCAGGCCGGUGACGCGAUUCUACUGGGCGGGCGCGGCCAGACGAUCACCGUCUACCGUGUGCACGACCUCUCGAUCCAACGCGAUUUCGAUGGCAGCGACGAGACGCGCGGGCUCAAAGCGUUCCAGAGCCCGAUCCACGCGCUCUGCUUCUCGAGCAACGACAUGCAUUUGCUCGUCGGCCUUGGCAACGGCGAUGUGUGCGUCUUCACGCCAGAUGCGCAGUACCUUCGCGACCGGCUUCAGACCAAACUCACAGAUCUUGGCUUCUAG